AUGUUGGUGGCUAAAGCAGAAACCAGAGCACUCCGAACAGACCUUGAGCAGACCAACACCAUGGUAACAAGCUAUGAAGCAGAUAUGGCCCAUCUAACCACGUGGGUAGAUGACUUAGAUAACCGCGGCCGCAGGCUGAACCUGCGUGUCCGCGGAGUGAGAGAAGGAGGCCCCUCUGAAAACAUCCCAGAACUCCUGAGACAGAUCUUCAGCCAGGUAUUUAAUGGCCAACAUAUGCCCAGACUAGGCCUCAUUAGGGUUCACAGAGCACUGAGACCCCCACCUGCACCAGAAGACCAGCCCAGGGAUAUUAUAUGCUGUCUAGAUCAUUUUCAGUUGAAAGAGGAAAUACUGCGCACAGCUCGCCGCAUGGGCACCAUCCGCCUAGAGGGCCAAACGAUAGCAAUAUACCAAGACCUAUCCCACUGCACACUACUGGCCAGAAGAGCCUUGCACUCAGUGACUACCACCCUGCAACAAGCCGGCAUACAAUACUGCUGGGGAUACCCUUUUUCCUUAUCAGCCCGACACGGCCCAAAUUUCCUAGUGGUGAGAAAACCAGAUGAUGGCCCAGAAUUUCUACACACCCUGGGACACCCAUCGGUAGCGGUACCCAACUGGCAGGCGAGGUCAUUCCUCCAACAACCAAAUGGACCCCAGCAACCACACAGACAUGACCCAGGCCCGCAUAGACCCCAACCACAACGUCACUGA